AGAAAAUAGUUGAUUUCCAGGCAUCUAAGGCCAGAACUGUAGAAGAUGGCAAGCCUGAAGCUGGUCCUUGUUCUUUUGGGAAUCCUAAUAGCAAUAAAGCCUCAACAGGCAGAGAACCUUUCUGUGCAAGACAUUGCAAAGAAACUGGGAACCCAAUUCCUUCUGCAGAAUGUGGAAGAAGCCAAGAAAUUAGUUGACAAUGCCUACAAAUACACCCAGAACUGGUUAAACGAAAAAUUAAGAAAAGAGACAGUGAGCCCUUCAGAUAUCCUAGUGUCUUUCAAACAACCUGUUGGAAAAACUCGGUUGCAUGUGAAAGCUGCUCAUUAUAUGCUGGUGACCCUAGAUCUCUUGAAAGAGAAGUUGCAGCAUGCAAUUCCUCAGAAAUUCAACAUCACAGAUGUGCUCUCCCCUUCCCAGAUGCAAACUAUCUACAAGGCAAGCGGAUGUGCUCUCCAAGAGAGAUGUACACAGUCAUGUGAUGAGAGGAGCCCAUACCGGACCAUUACAGGCGAAUGCAAUAACCUGAGAAUUCCAACUUUAGGGGCUAGCAACCGUCCAUAUGUCCGGUGGCUUCCACAAGAAUAUGAGGAUGGCAUCUCUCUCCCACGUGGCUGGACAGAAACGAAGCUGUAUUCUGGAUUUCCUCUGCCCUUAGUCCGGGCUGUAUCCAACGACAUUGUCUUCUUUCCCAAUGUCAACCUCACUGUUGAUCCUUUCCGCUCAGUCCUGUUUAUGCAGUGGGGGCAAUUUCUCGAUCAUGAUUUGGAUUUUGGACCUUCCACAACAGCGACUCUCACCUUCAUCAGUGGAAUAAAUUGCUUUACAAGCUGUGUCAAAGGACCACCGUGCUUUCCCAUACCGAUCCCACCUAAUGACCCUACCAAAAAACAGGGUGACUGCAUUCCCUUUACUCGGUCAGCUCCUGCAUGCAAUGGUGGCUAUGCCAUCCGCAACCAGAUCAAUGCACUCACAGCCUUUGUUGAUGCCAGUAUGGUAUAUGCCAGUGAAAACAAGUGGGCAAUGCAGCUAAGAAAUUUCACAAACAACCUGGGACUGCUGGCUGUCAACCAGAGGUUCACAGAUCGAGGCCUUGCCUUUCUCCCCUUUGGCACUCCAGAAGGUUUUCAAGAAAACUGCAAUAUAACAAAUACAACCUUCAGGAUCCCCUGUUUUUUGGCAGGGGACAAUCGAGUGAAUGAAAUGCCAGGCUUGAUCGCUUUGCAAACACUUUUCAUGCGGGAGCACAACCGUCUGGCCACUGAGCUGAAGAGGCUGAACCCACAAAUGAGUGGAGAAGAACUCUAUCAGGAGUCCCGGAAAAUCUUGGGAGCAAUGAUGCAGAAAAUCACCUAUACAGAAUAUAUACCCGCCCUACUGGGAGGCUCCCUGGCUUCCUACCGGGGCUACAAUGACUCUGUGGAUCCCCGAAUUUCCAGCGUCUUCACCAAUGCUUUCCGUUUUGGACAUACUUUGGUGCGGCCCGCUGUGCAUCGCUUAAACACCCGUUAUCAGACCCUGAGUCAAACACCCUUAGAAACAGAGUUCUUUGCUACGUGGAGAGUAAUCCGAGAAGGAGGCAUUGACCCCAUUCUGCGAGGCCAGAUAGGUACACCAGCCAAACAGCUGAGACAAGAUCAGUUAGUAGUAGAGGCUCUCCGAGACCGACUCUUCCAACAAGUUGCUAGGAUUGGAUUGGACCUGCCAGCGUUGAACAUGCAGCGUGGCCGAGAGCACGGCCUACCAGGUUAUAAUGCCUGGAGACGGUUCUGUGGCCUCUCAGAACCUCGCAAUGAAGCUGAGCUGGCCCAGGUCCUCCAGAACCGUGUGCUGGCCAGGAAGUUCACUAGACUUUAUGGGACGCCCAAAAACAUCGACCUCUGGAUUGGGGGAGUGGCUGAGCCCCUCAUCCGCAAUGGCAGGGUUGGGCCUCUAAUGGCAUGUAUCCUUCAAAAACAGUUCCAAAACCUACGUGAUGGAGACAGGUUCUGGUGGGAAAGGUCUGGAGUGUUCACCCGGGCCCAGCAACAGGCUCUUAAUAGAGCCACAUUGUCACGCAUCAUCUGUGACAAUACCUUCAUUCGCGAGGUACCUCAAUUCAUUUUCCGAGCCAACAGUUACCCACGGAAUUUUGUCAAUUGCAAUACCAUCCCAAUGUUCAGCCUCUUCCCAUGGAAAAAGCCUUCUAAUUAGAUCAGCAAAGAAGAACAUCCCAGCAGGUUUUGCCAAUGGCUCUGUCAACAACCUGGAAUUUUAGUUUUUGAGAAAGCAUUCUUUAACUGGCUAUAGUUGUCAUUGCUCGCUGCCAUUGCUCAUGCUUAAUUUGGAGAAAUGAGAAAGGAGUGCCAGAUUAAAAUAGCUGCUCUGCUAUAUUCAAGUCUUGUCCACUUCUUCAAAUCACACAAGGCAAUGAAAUUAUAGAAGGAUCUCUGUCUGAGGAGUGCAUGAAAUAUUGUUGCAAUCCCCUUCCUGUAUCUUUGAAACAGAGCUGGGUUAUUGGAAUGUACAGUUAUUUGCCAAUGGUAUUUAGGUUGAGCAAGGAUACUAGCAGUGGUGAAAAGGAAAGGCCCUGUGCAGAGAUAAUCCCCUGAGUUUUUAAAAGAUGCUUGAAAUUUCACCCAGGGGUCUUUUGAGCCUAACACCUUGUGCAUUGAUGCAUUUUACUUUUUGUCAAACAUAUGCAAAAAUAUAUGCUCAGGUACAUUUCUAAUCCAGAAAGCUUGAAUCUGGAGGGAAAUGAAGGCAGAUGCAUGAUUAAUGUGCUUGAGGGAGAUCUAUUUAA